CUAGCUCUUGACAGCUAAUAACAAGCUAACUCUGAGGGGAUCCAUUUGCUGCGGUGAUAUGCGUUAAAAUCUCCCCGAUCGAAGGCAGGUACACCUCACUGACUUCUACUUGACUGCAGCAGUGUGGAUCUUCCUGUGGACCAAACCCUGGAUGUCAGGUGGACAUCAAUCAACUUUAUGGAGUGAAGGACUUCGGUUGUUAUCGGCGAGACCAAAUGACCAGUAGAGUCCACCAUGAAACCUGUGACCUAUCAAAGCAUACCAUCAUCUAUGAAUGGUGUCCAUCCAAACAUGGCGCUAGAGCGUCUUUUGGGCACCUCAAAGAUGAUGUACUGUGAGAAAUGUGGCUUUACAUCCACAGACCCUGUGGUGUUCAAGACGCACAUGAUCGAGCACGGGACGAGGUUUUACUGUUUUUAUUGCAACGCCAUGUACUUUAGUGAGGCGGAGCUGAACGAACACUUGAAGCAGCAUACGUCAAAGUAUCCAUUCAAAUGUCUCCACUGUGGACAGGGCUACAUGAGGAAGAGGUGUAUGAUGAAGCACAUUGACCGUUUGCAUAGUAACAGCAUAAAUCAAGGACCUGCUAAGUCUGGCGUGACAAAAGCUCCGCCCGUUGCUGUCUCCAGUGCCUUAAGAAGUGCUCCCACUGCUGAUUCGCUGCUGCCGCCUCCUCCUCGACCUGUCGUCCGGGUGGCUGUGCCGACCCCAACUGCGCCUGCUGCCAAAUUGGGGAAAACACUGGACACAAACUUAACCAACACCACUAAUGGCAACACAGAACGCUUGCCUCAUUUAAAUGGACUCAACAGGGCCCUUACAGUAUCUUUACCAGAGGAGGUGAACAUCCCUGCUGGUUGCUUGGUUGAACUUGUUGAGGUGAAAACUGUUAAUGGGACUAAGGAACUGAAACUGCGGCUCAUCUCGCAACAAGAAAAUGAGUCUGUGAUAAAGAACACAAAACCUGCAACUCUCCAUGACCCUGGUCCGGAGAAGCCAUUGUCGUCCACACUACAUCACCCAAACACAAUGAGGUCAGUAAGCACUAGCAUGUGCACAGGCAGCAGGAAGCAAAGCGAAACAAAAACAAUGGCAAACGUCGGCGUGAACUCUACGAGCAAUCCAACAAAUGUGGUAACUAAAGAGAAGGUUGUGCUGAAGAGGCCUUCGAUGGACGUUAUCAACCUGGAGUGUGACGCGGUCAUCCCAAACAAAGUUUCCAAAACCAUUCUCACUCCUAUGCGGGAAGCAAAUACUGGGAUUAGAGUUACACAGGCGGCACCUGUAAACCACAUCUCCUCGUCUUCAGGUGUCCUGUCUGGCAGAGGUCCUAUCAGGUUGAAUACUGGCCUGCAUCCUGUCACUGCGGCAGCUAAAGUUUCUCAGAGGAUUGUGGAUGAGUGGAAUAAUGCAACUGUAGAUCUCUCUAAGAGCAUUCCACCCAGGAGGUUGUCCGACACAAAUAGUGUUCAAGAAGUGUCAGCACUUGUGAAGCUGGGAGCUCGGGAAGUUCGCCUCAAGAGCAACUCUGCUUCUAAAGAAGACAAAGAUGUAGUGUGCUUGGAUCAGCAAAGCACACCAGCUUCAAAGUCUUUAAGAUCUCCUGUUCCUCAAACCAUUAAAGUGAGAUCUCCUGCUGCUCUAGUCAAUAAAGACAAUCUUGCAAAUCAAACUUUUCCAAUAAAAAGCAAUUUGAUGAAACCCUCAUCAGUAAAUACCCCUGUCCUAUCUAAUCACACAGCCCCUACAAUAUCGACAUGUAUCCACGACGUUGGAUGUAAAAACAUAGCAAAAGAUGGCGACGUCUUAGAGCCUCAGAGUUUUCCAGUUAUCUCCUCUGUGUUUUCAUUAAGCGAGCAGCCAGAGGAAAGCCAAGGUCCAAUUGAACCACUGGUAAUGGCUCUGAGAGGAAUAGUGAUGCAUAAAAAACAGAGCACAAGUCAAGAUCAGAUCAGAAACGGCACAGAUGAAAAGCUUAAGGCGCCAGCGUCAGGCCGAUGCAUCCAGCAGGCUGAAAAAAACGGGGUCUUCACCUGUGAUGUGUUACUCACAGAGAAGUCAACUGAGUGUGUGAAAGUGAAAAAGGAGGUUAACCUUCAGCCACCAGCAUUGACGCAAAACAACAUUCACAUCAAGAAAGAAGAAAAUGGAGAAAAGAUAGAAGACACUAACAAAUGCAGCCACAGUCCUGAUUUAACGCCUUCUGCAUGUGAAGAUUCUAAGCCUGCUUCACCUGUGGAGAAAACAAACGCUGUGGAUAAAGUACAGCAAGCAGAGAAAGUCAAGGAGGACGAGUCCUCCAGGUUCUUGACCAUCUCUCUUAAACGAGUUCAGGUUGGCAUCUGGAAAAAAAGCAAGAAAGGACUUAAGGUUCGAAUAUCCAGAGACAAGACUCAGCUACCGGCAGGCAGCCUCAAUGACUGUACAGUUAUCUACCCCAUGCCGCUGAAGGAGGACCAGCUGGUCAAGCGGCCAGGUCCGAACCAGCCGGUGGUGGUGCUUAAUCAUCCGAAGCCCCGGGCUUGUGUGCAGAGAACAAGGGCGGACUCCUUUUCGGACAUGGGAGCCUCUGAUGUGACUCCAAAGUGCCAAAUUUUAAAAAUGAGGCUAAGCAAAGGGAUCGGACAGAGCUAUGAAGUGAUGGGAUGUACUGUUAGAGACUUUCCCUGAAUGUAGUGUUCCAUCUGUGGACAUGAGUGUACAUUUAUUAUAAAAGUAGUGUUAUCUUUGAAGUCUCAGAAAAUAUUAAGGCGGUUAUUUUCUUAACGCAAAAAAUAUGGACAUCAAUGUUGUAAAUUGUGUUAUUCUGCAUAUUCAAGUGCAAUGCAGGUUGAUGCUUUUAUGCCCAGGAAUUGGACUGUGUGCCACUAUAGACUCCAUCAAUUAGUUCUGAAAACUGUUCAAGAAGUCCGAAAGUCCGUUUAAUGUAUUAUUAAAUGUAUUUUAUUUAAAACCA